GCGAGCGGAGACGAGGGGUUUUCUGCAAACAUGGCGGAGACAAACGAUCACUCAGUCGCGAAUGGGGCAUUAUUAUUUGAUCCCCCUUCGAAUCUUCAAAAUGAAGCACAUGUUAAAAGUAUGCAACAAUAUCAGAAGAUGUACAAGCAGUCAAUUGAGGAUCCAGAAACAUUUUGGAGGGAAAUCUCAGCUCAAUUUUAUUGGAAAUCUCCACCGACCGGAAAAUUCUUCGAGUAUAAUUUUGAUGUCGGCAAAGGACCAAUUUCUAUCAAAUGGAUGACGGGAGCUAAGACAAAUAUAUGUUACAAUAUGCUGGAUCGACAUAUUGCGAAUGGUCUGGGAGAUAAGGUUGCGUUUUAUUGGGAAGGCAAUGAUCCAAAUGAUUUUGGUAAAAUUACAUACUCAGAGCUGCUUGCUAGAGUUAGUAAAUUCUCCAAUGUAUUAAAAAAUUUAGGAGUAUCGAGAGGCGAUCGUGUAGCUAUUUAUAUGCCAAUGAUAUUGGAUCUGUCGGUUGCUAUGUUGGCGUGUGCUAGAAUUGGUGCCAUUCAUUCAAUAGUGUUUGCAGGAUUUUCAGUAGCGGCUUUAGUCGAAAGGUUACUUGAUUCGAAAGCAGAUGUCAUUGUUAUAGCAGAUGGUGUUUGGAGAGGUACGAAAUUGCUUAACCUUAAGAAAAUAGUAGAUGAUGCUCUGAAAAUAUGUGAUGAAAAGGGACAUCGUGUUGAGAAGUGUGUAGUUGUUAGACAUCUGAGUCCGUCUGAUGAGAUUGUUAAAACUAAUGGGGAUUUCGAAGAAGAACCUGAGGCAUGUAGACCCAGUCGAAAACUCAAGAUCAACUGGCAACCAGGAAGAGAUAUAUGGUGGCACGAGAUGAUGACAUCAGCCAGUAGUGAAUGUGAACCUGAAUGGAUGGAUGCUGAAGAUCCGUUAUUUAUGUUAUAUACCAGUGGUUCGACUGGUAAACCUAAAGGUGUGUUACAUACUAUAGGAGGUUAUAUGUUAUAUACAGCUACAACAUUUAAAUAUGUAUUUGACUAUCAACCAGAUGAUGUUUAUUGGUGUACAGCAGAUGUGGGCUGGAUUACUGGACAUUCCUAUGUAACAUAUGGCCCUCUUGGUAAUGGGGCAACAGGGUUGAUAUUUGAAGGAACCCCGUUUUACCCGAACGCUGGUCGUUUUUGGGAAAUAGUUGAUAAAUACCGAGUAACCAAAUUCUAUACAGCCCCAACAGCUAUCAGAGCUUUAAUGAAAUUUGGUGAUGAUUUUGUUAAGAAAUACAAAAGAGAUUCGCUAAAAAUUCUCGGAACAGUUGGAGAGCCUAUAAAUCCUGAAGCUUGGUUAUGGUAUUAUCGUGUUGUAGGAAACAGUAAAUGUGCUAUUGUAGAUACCUUUUGGCAAACUGAGACGGGUGGUCACGUACUUACACCAUUACCUGGAGCUACACCAACAAAACCUGGUUCAGCUACGUUUCCAUUCUUUGGUGUGAUUCCAGCCCUACUGACAGAAGAAGGAAAAGUAAUAGAAGGCCCUGGAGAAGGAUAUUUAGUAUUUAAACAGCCAUGGCCUAGUUUAAUGAGGACUGUUUAUGGAAAUCAGGAGAGAUUUGAAACCACAUAUUUUAAGAAAUUCCCUGGUUAUUACUGUACAGGAGAUGGUGCCAAACGAGACGAGGAUGGUUAUAUCUGGAUUACAGGACGUAUAGAUGAUAUGGUUAACGUAUCUGGUCAUCUUUUAUCAACAGCAGAAGUUGAAUCAGCUUUAAUAACACAUAAAAGCGUGGCAGAAGCUGCGUCUGUUUCACAUCCACAUAGUAUAAAAGGGGAAUGUAUUUACUGUUUUGUAACUUUAAAACAGGGAGCUGAAUACACAAAUGAUCUAGUAACAGAGUUGAAGAAUAUAGUUCGUGCCAAGAUAGGUCCUUUUGCACAACCAGACUUCUUACAAAAUGCCCCAGCUUUACCCAAAACACGCUCAGGUAAAAUCAUGCGAAGAAUUCUCAGGAAGAUAGCCGUAGGAGACCGAAAUUUAGGUGAUACUUCAACAUUAGCUGAUGAAUCUGUUAUAGAUGUUUUAUUCCAAAACCGACCAAAUAACGCAUAAAGUACAUCCAUCAUCUAUGCAAUUAUUAUACAUUUAUCAUUUCAAUAGACGACAUGGCAGCAUUUAUUUAUAGUAACCUGCAUUGUGGGAGCUCAUGGUUGUUUAUUUUAGAUGCGAUUGGUCAAUUAGAAAAAUGUAAACUAGCCAAUUUAAUAUGGGUUAAUUUUAACUAUUCUACUUUCAUUUUUCAAAUGAAUGAUUAUAUGAAUGUGUUUUAUACUCAAACUAGAUAGAUUAUUGUCUAAUUUUGUUUUGUUGAAUUAUUUCAUUUUUAUGUUCUUGUUAAAUUUUGGUUUGACAUAGUGGUUGGUAAUCGAUUUCUUCUGUAGGCAUGUAUUUUAAUUUAUUUCAUGCCUAGUUUACUCUGAUUCACAGUUUUGUUGACCUUUAAAAGACGAUAUUGGACCAUAAACAACAACAUCAUGAAAUAGAUUUCAGAGUAGCUUUAAAUUGAUUUCUAGUCUACUAAAUCCAUGGGGGCCUUACUCAUAAAAGCUUUAAAGGCUCAAUACCACUCUUGUUGUAACUGAAUAUGUCCCAAUCUCUAUUCUGGUCAACAAAUUGUACUAUACAAUAUUCCAAUUAAUUGAUGAUACAAAUUUCAUCUUAACACACCUAAUUUAAAAAAUUGGAAAAAUUCAACUAAAUGAUUUGAAAAGCCUGACGUAAAGCUUUUCAAAUGUUACUUGGAUUUAAAAAUAUUUUUGAACCCUCUGGACAAGUAAAAUAGGAUUUAAUGGAUAAUUUACACAACAGGUAGGACACUAACACAUCUAGUACUUAGAAUAGGGCUAUUUUUUAUUUUCUGGAGCUGUCAAGCCAGCAAGAGUGUUAUUGUCCCUUUAAACUGAAAUAUAUUAAACGUACAUUAUGGAAGAGCUAAAUUUGCCUAUUGCAGGUCUUUCUUUAGGCCUGAAAUGUUAUCUAAAUUAUUAUUUAGACAUUUAUUAAGGUGAAAAGACCUUAAUCAACUAUCAAUGCCAUCUUAUGUGUCGGAUUGUCACUGGAUUUGAAUCCGAUCGGCUCCUUUUUUUAUCGAUGCUAGGUCUUAAAAUCAAUCACUAAUAUAGCGGUUCAGAGUGGAGCAAUUUGACUGAUAUUUUCAGCAUAUUCCCUUUACAUUAUCUAGUUUUUAACUAUUAUAGUGAGAACUGCCAGCUCUUUAUCUGAUAUUCCAUAAUGUAUUUUUAAGAUUUUGUGAAUAAGGCUGUAGAAGUUCUGAUACUGAUUGCAAAAUGAUCAAGUUAAACCUUAAUGUAUUCAUAUCAGUAAUUAUGGUAAUAUUUGUUAAUUCUUUUUGUUUUAAUGUCAUUUUAUUGUUAGAGAAAAAUAUCGGCUGUCUCUUCAAUAACCUGUAAUACCUGGUCAUCAUUAUUUGAUCAACAACAGGUAAUUCCCAAAAGAAAAGGGAGAUAAUUGACUCAUUAUGUUUUAUGAAUGGUUAGGAAAUUAUGGAUUUUAUUGAGUUUACUUAAGAGAUUAACUGGAAUACUAUGUAUGUGUACAUAACUAAUUUAAAUUUUAUAGAGGGACGUUGUUUUACUUCAUUUUAGAUCGGUUGUUUUUCUUCUAUCUCGAAAAUCAUAUUGCGCUGUUAUUUACGUUUGCAAAUGGUGUGCUAACAAUAUUUAUUUGCACGAAUUGACAAGGAUGUGCCAAUAUUUGACAAUGUAAAGAUGUGCAGGUAUUUGCACAAAUGGAAGAAUUUGUCAGUAUUUGUAAUUUAAACCAUAUCAGAGUGGUAGUUGGUUGUACAUGUGUACUCAUUCCAUUGUGUAAUCAAUCAUUUAAUUAUCAAGUAGCUGGUUAUAAUAUAGUUAUAUAAUAUUAUAGUUAUUGGAACAAUUAAUCAAUCAUUAUGAUAUAUUAGACGAAGAGCAAUUUUACAGAACGCUAUUUUAAACCCUCCAUCCAGUCAAUACUAACUAUACUUUUUAGUUAUUCGAACAAUUAAUCAUUAUGAUAUAUUAGACGAAAAGCAAUUUUACAGAACGCUUUUUCAGAUCAAUGUUUUUUUUAAAACCCUUCCACCCAGUCGAUACUAACUAUACAUUUUAUUAACACAAGGUAUAAUUUUAUGGAUACACAAUUACUGAGUUUAAUACUAAGCAACGUUUUGACGAGGAUAUCAAGCAAAUCGUCUUUAUCCUCGUCGAAACGUUGCUUUGUAUUAAACUCAGUAAUUGUGUAUCCAUAAAAUUGUACCUUGUGUUAAUAUGUUCAAUUACUAAAUGCUAAUCAAAGAAGAUAUACUUUUUAUGUGUAAAAACACUUAAUGAUAGGUAUAAAAAUUUGGAAUAAUGCAUAAAAUUAUCACAUUCUUUAGAAGAAAAUAUCUUGCUAAUGUCCCCAAAAUACAUGACUGGCAUGAUUUGAAAGCCCUAAAUAUAGCUUUUGGAAAAGAGCUUUUCAAAAUUUACCUUAUAUUAGUGAAUAUUUGAUGUAUUUCCUGUUGUAGCUGACCAUCCAUUUUAGGUUUAGUUAAUGUUUUAUGUAUCUACUGUUAUAGUUUACCAUUAACCAUUGGCUGUAGUCUUAAAACUGACCAUUGGCUGUUAUAGUUGACCAUUGGCUGUUAUAACUGACCAUCAGCUGAUAUAGCUGACUAUCAGCUGUUAUAGCUGGCCAUCGAUACUGUACAUUUCCAUAAAAUGACUAACCGGUAAAAUUUUGAUAAUCGCUCCAAGUAGAAAUUAACUUGUUCAUAGAUGAACUACAAUAUUUGUAUUGACCAAUCA